UGAUCAGUAUCAACUACACGGCCAACCUGAUGUCGUUUCUGACAGUCAGUCGGCCGGAGGCUCCCAUCAGCAGCCUGGACGAGUUUUCCGCCCGGGACGACUGGACGUUCGCGAUGGAGAGCGGUGUGGGCAUCAUAGGGGAUUGGGCGAAGAGUGCCUCGGCCAGUGAGCGCCACCUAUACCGUCGCGUGGUGACCGGCGAGCGGUUCCUCGCCCUGAACGGCACCCCGGAGGUCAUGGCGCGCGCCGCGCGGCCCAACACGCUCCUCUACUACAACAUGCCGAUGCUGUUCAAGUGGCUGGAGGAGGACGCGUGCCACCUGCUUCCGCUGCGGAAGAAGCACCCCCACCGCCGGGAGGAGCCCAACUACCUGGUUCUGCGCAGGGGACUGGGCGCGCUCAGAAACAGGAUGAACAAACUUCUGCAGCGUCUGCUGCAGUCCGGCGCCGUGGACCGCCUGCGGCGCCGCUGGUUCGGCCACGGCCGCCGCCUCUGCGCCGCCGUGGCCGCCGUGCGGCCGCUGACGCUGGCCGACCUGGCCGCCGUGCUGGCGGUCACGCCGCUGGCCGCCGCCGCCGGCUGCCUGCUGCUGGGCGUGGAGCUGCUGGUCAGGCGGCUGAGCAGACGGCGGGACCAGCAGCGGCGGCAGGGGGCUCUGGGGGAGGGGGAGGUCUGCGACAGCGUCCGGGGUAGGGAGUGGUAGGGGCAAACUGAAGACGGACACUUUUUGUGAUGCUUGAGUCGACCGAUUAGUUUGUAUUACAUGCAUAACAUGUGAGAGAAGAAAAUGUAAAACACUGGUUGCAGAGACAUUGUGAUUGAACGGGGUCGCCCUGCCCCCUAGGUCGAUUGCCCCGACACCUGGUGGCCAACUGACCACGGCUAUUGAAGCGGCGAAAGGGGUGCUACUGACGGGGUCUGUACCUUCAUAGCAUAGUAUAGUAUCUAUGACCGUGCUUCAUAGUUUUUAUGUCCUUAGGUGAUUGCCUAACUCAUCAUUAUUUUCGUCUGAUAACAAAUAUACCUGAAAAUCAC